CUCGCACUGAAGCUCACUGUCAUUCUACACUAUGAAGGUCUACACGCUGCUUCUAUGUCUAGUGCUCACAGCAGUAGCCAUCAGCACCCACGUGCUGGCUCAGCCAGAUGCAGUUAAUUCCCAAAGCACCUGCUGCUAUUCAUUCACCAAUAAGAAGAUCCCAAUGAAGAAGCUGGUGAGCUAUAGAAAAAUCACCAGCAGCAAGUGCCCCAGAGAAGCUGUGAUCUUCACAACCAUACAGAAGAAGGAAAUUUGUACUGAACCCACAGAGAAGUGGGUCCAGGACUACAUUGCCAAACUAGACCAGAAAAUGCAAUUCAACCAGAAAACCCAACUCAACCAGAAAACACAAUUGGACCACAAAAUACAACUGGACCAGAAAUCAACUCAACCAGAAACUCCAACACCUUUGCUGAGGAUCCAGCUGGAACAAGGGUGGAAGGAGGAGGAAGCCCGCCCACGCAAGCUCCAUUCUUCCAGAGCAAGUGCAUCUCCUGCUGCCACCAUUGCCCGUGGACAUCAGAUGCCAACUUCUUCAGCUUUUCAAUGUGGACUCACAGCAGUGACUCUCCAGGGACCUUCAGGUCCUUAG